AUGGCUGAGGAAAACAAGAAGAAUCUUGAAUUUAUUGAAGAGGUGACUACCAAUGUUGAUGAAGUACAAAAGAGAGUUCUUCAUGAAAUCCUCACUCGAAAUGCUAACGUUGAGUACUUGCAACGCCAUAAUCUGAAUGGUCAUACUGAUAGAGAGACGUUCAAGAAAUUUGUACCUGUUAUCACCUAUGAAGAUAUUCAGCCCGAUAUCAAUCGUAUAGCCAAUGGCGAUACAUCCCCAAUCCUAUGCUCCCAGCCCGUAUUUGAAUUCAUUUCAAGUACUGGGACGUCGGGAGGGGAGAAGAAAUUGAUACCAACAACAGAGGAAGAGCACGGGAGGAGACAUCAACUUUACGGCCUUGUGAUGUCUGUGGUGAGCCAAUUUUUUCCAGAUUUGGAGAAGGGCAAAGGAAUGUAUUUCUUGUUCAUAAAGUCUGAAGACAAAACCCCCGGAGGAUUAUUAGCUCGUACUCUUUUAACUAGUGUUUGCAAGAGUAGUCAUAUCAGAAGCAGCAAUAGUUAUGUGUCUCCCUACACGAGUCCAAUUGAAGCCAUUCUCUGCCUAGACUCUUACCAAAGCAUGUACUCCCAAAUGCUUUGUGGCCUCUGCCAAAACAGAGAAGUCGUUUGUGUUGGCUCAGUGUUUGCAUCUGCCUUCAUCCGUGCCAUGCGAUUCUUGGAGGAUCACUGGUCUCUACUAUGUAACGAUAUCCGAACAGGAACCAUUAACAACAAAAUUACUGAUCCUUCAGUAAGAAAGGCUGUGAUGAAAAUCCACAAACCAGACUCAGAGUUGGCUGAUUUCAUCGAGGCUGAAUGCAGCAAGGAUUCAUGGGAAGGAAUCGUCACUAGGCUGUGGCCUAAUACCAAGUACGUGGACGUAGUCGUGACUGGAGCCAUGUCUCAAUACAUACCAAUGCUCGAUUAUUACUGCAAUAGCCUCCCUCUCGUCAGUACUACGUACGCUUCCUCAGAAUGUUCCUUUGGGAUCAACUUGAACCCCCUUUGUAAGCCCAGUGAAGUAUCUUACACACUUAUUCCCAUCGUAGACUAUUUCGAGUUCUUACCGAUUCACAGGAGCAAAUUGGUCGAUUUGGUUGAUGUCAAGAUUGGCCAGGAGUACGAGCUUGUUGUUACCACAUAUUCUGGACUGUAUAGAUACAGGGUGGGUGAUGUGCUUCGUGUUUCUGGAUACAAGAACAACGCACCUCAAUUCAACUUUAUACGCAGAGAAAAUGUGAUCUUGAGCAUUGAUUUUGAUAAAACUAAU